AUGGAAGUUCAUGAUGACCCAGAGACGCACAGCGCCGGGAGCGAUGAAAGUGACGAGGGCGAACAGCACCAUGACGCGUCUGGGGGGACUACCAAAAAGCCGAGAUCUAGCAGAGCGUGUGUCGCAUGCCGAAGAAUGAAAACCCGCUGCGAAAUUGAUGAUGCUCUGGGGACAGCAUGCAAACUCUGCAUCAGAGCUCGACGCCAAUGCAUUAUGCAAAAUCUCCCUCGUAGGAGAAAGCGAAAAACCACGGAGAGAGUAGCUGACUUGGAGCGAAAGAUCAACACCCUAACUGCACUCCUUGCCUCCAAUGAUUCCGCCAUUUCCGCCGAUCCGUCUCCAAAAUCAGCUGGCGAGAGCACCUCCAGUCGCCACAAGAUCCAGGGACCAGAUCAGACAUCAGAUGAAUCGCAAUCAUUGAUUGCGAAGGCCUUACAACGAGGUCUGUUCGAUUGGCCAGCCGCCUGUAAAGCAUUCGAUCGAUACAGAAAAGAAAUGUGUAUUUACUUUCCUUUUGUCGUGUUCCCAGCUACUGCCGAUGCCAAUGUGGUAAGGGAACAACAACCGCUUUUGUUCUUCGCCAUUUGCACAGUCGCCAUGGCCACAAUGAAAGGCCCAGUCAACCCGGAGCUUUGGGACAUGCUCACCAAGGACCUAUCACUACGAAUCAUGUAUCGUGGAGAAAGAUCUCUUGAGCUGGUCCAGGUGCUGCUUAUCCAUAUCACUUGGUACACGCGAGCCAAAGAAAUGCGGGAGCUAAACUUCAAUCAAAUGGUGCAUGUUGCCUGUGCGAUGGGCUUGGACAUUGGCCUCGGCAGACGUUCUCACAAGUCCGCUCAAUCCACCGAUCCCCACCGGCUGGAGUCACUGGCUGGAAGGCGAGCGUGGCUUGGUUGUCACUAUAUGGGGACGAACAUCGCCAUGUCUCUUCGCCAUCCGGCUUUCGUUCGGUGGUCGGUGUAUAUCGAAGAAUGUUUGGACGUCCUCUCGUCGGAGACAGGGACGCUACCUAGCGAUCGAUGGCUUUGCGACUUGAUUCGCAUUCAGCACAUUGCUGAAGAUGCGGCCGUGGUGUUCUCGAUGGAUGACCCAGGCUCAAUCAUAAGCUUCAGAGAUGUCAAGACCCAAUAUCAGAUUGGCGGUUUCCGUCAACAGCUGGAACAGUGGCGGCGACAUGCUCACAGCAAUCUCCAGCAGGCCUUUGUCCGGCAUAUCGAAGCCACCACAACGCUUUAUGUUCAUGAGAUUGCCAUCCAUUCGGAACACAACAUCGAUGAAUUACGUUCGCCUCUUCGGCCCCCUGGUCCCCAUGAACCAUCGAAUUUCGAUCAGAGUGCCUCACUGAACGACCUCCAAUUCGUUCCAGCUCGGAUCGAGUCUCUCUUCACUUGUCUUGCUGCUAUUCACGAAUGUUUCGAUGCAUUGCUCUCCAUGGAUCUCACUACCCUAUGCACCUUGCCAAACUUCUUUCUGGUACGUACUGGUUAUGCCGCCAGAGCGCUCCGAAAGCUUCUCAGCAUCUGUGAGAAUCAGGCAGCACUCACAGGACACUUUCAGAUCAAUGUGCAGGACCUAAAGUUUGACGAGUAUAUGACUUCGCUUAUCCACUUGUUUGCGCGGAUCCAUGAAGAGAACAGCCAUCACGUAGCUCGUGCAUUCUGUCUGGUCAUUUCUCAGAUCAAGGCACACGGCUUAAGAUCGCUGAAGGCACCAAAUUUCACAAAUGCAUGCAUAGAUGACAUACGAGAAAUCAACGAAAAACUUGACAAAGACAGCGCUGCCCGCGCAGGUUUUACGGCAUCCAAUCUUAAGCAGCCAACUUUGUCGAUUAGGAAUACCGCGCGAUCUGAGGCCUUGAUGCCUCAGACGCCAGCAAUGCCUGGAGGUCUUAUUGCUGAACCAUGGCAAAUGGCACCAGGGCAACAGAGCUUGGGCUCGUUCAACAGCGCUGCACCCCAACCGGACUUGCCAUUGUGGCUACAGGGUGGUACUAAUGACUCGACCAUGAGCGGUGACGAUGUUUUGCAAUGGUUCGAGCACGACUUUGCCUUCGAUGACCUUGAAAUGUACGGCCGCGGAGACAUGAACUAUUUAGCCGGGACAGCUGAAUUCCAGCAAUCAUGGCCGACUUGA